AUUGAAUUUAUGGAAUUUGAAUGAAUUUAUGAUUUUGUGAAUUUUUAAAAUUUCAUCAGAAAUCAGAAUUUCAUUACAUAAACAACAAAAUUUCAUCUAAUUUGUAUAAUUCAUAAUCAUUGUGUAUAAUUUUCUCAAAUUUCAGUAAUUGUAUGAAAUUCUUGUAUUAUCCUCUGGUAACUUUUAGAGAUUUAAAAUUAUAAUUAUUUCCUGAUAAAAUCAGAUAAAAUGUUGAAGGUCAUUGGCGAUAAUCAAUAUUUGCCGGAGGUUAAAUUAUUCAUAACGAAAACUAUUAAAAACAUAUAAAAUGUAAUUUUAUGACGAAAAUUAAUCGAGCGUUUUAAGGAUGGGAGAUGUUCUUUCUCAAGUUAUUAGUGACGAACCUUCCAAUACACUCUUAACAUCCGAAAUAUGUAACUUAACUUAUGAAGAAUUCUUAGCUUUACUAUGGGAAUUAAAUACAUUUGCUAAAAAAUGUUUAGAUUCAAACGGACAUCAGCUAGUUUUUGCUGUGAAGAAACAUACUGACGAUACGGCUUUUUGGAAAGCGACAAUUCAAAUAGCUUGUGCUAAAAUUGAUUGUCAAAGUCGCAAAGUUGUAAAUUAUAGACUUUUGUCGUUAAGUGAAUUCUUAAAAGUCUUUAAAACCUUUCAAUGUCAAGUUUUAGCAGCGGAACAAUCAAAAAGCACAAACAGCUUCAGUCAAAUGAAUCUGUCUACUAUCUUGGAUAAUGUAGAUUUAACAACUUUCCCUGCUGAAACAGGUGACGAAUGCAUAAUAUGUUUUGAAAGAAAACAAGAAGUUACCUUACCUUGUGCACAUAGUUACUGUACGCAGUGCAUUGAAGAAUGGAAUGAGAGUCACGAUACAUGUCCAAUAUGCAGAGAAAAGUUAGAAAGUACAGAUGAUACUUGGGUUAUAUCUGAGGUACCCAAUGUCGAGGAAAUUAGUAAUGAAAUACGGGAGAAUCUAUUAGAGCUAACAGAGGACAAACCACCUGUAUGCAAUCCUUCUUAAUGCAUCCAUAUUAUAAUUUCCUAUCUACAAUUUUUUUUGUUAUAUUAUAAAUGAUAUUAAUAAGAGUUUAUUAUAGUAUUUACACUAUUUUUAAAAGUUAAGCUUUAAAUAUAGUAUUUAUUUGGACAAUGUUCUAUUAAUUAGUUUAAUGAAUGAUUCACACUAAUAAAUAAGCUAGUAUAAACAAA